ACGUAGAAUUGUAUUUAUAAUAGUGCUCAGUUAGAGUUAGACAAUUGCAUUAUUAUUGAACUGAGGUUGCAUUUACUUUUGACAAUUAUUGUUGUUGUUUUCAAUGUUUCAAUAAUACGGUGACAAUUAGUUUUCUGCAUCUUUGGAGUAAAAACCUCUUAGCACCUAUAUUCAGUUGUUCAUUUUGUUUUCCAUAGUUUGAGUUACAGAAUAAAACCUUGUUUUGCGUAUGAGACUGCCUUAGCUUGUUAGAGUUGAAGUUUAUUUUAUAAAUGAAUAAACGCUGGUUCGAAGAGUUUUGCUCAAGUUAUGGAAGACAUGUUCGAAAAUGACCAUGUAAUGCCCGACAUGUUGUAAGUGUACAAGAAGACUCAUACCCGGCGUGAUGAAACUCCUGUGACUAAUGUUGCCAAGGAAACUAUGUCAGAGAUAGAAAAGCUUGUUGAGCAACGUGAGCUAGGAGAAAUCAGUAUUAUAGAUGAAGAGAUUUUUGAAUCAGUUAAACCUAAAGGUAAAUGUGGCAGUGAUCGUGGCAAGUGGGUGAGUCCGUCCAUUACAUCAUUGUAUGGACCAUUUAGAGAAGGAGAGAAAUUGCGUAAAGAGGCUGAAGAGGCCAAGAAAGAAGCUUAUGAGGCUAAGAAAGAAGCAAGUGAAGCUAAUGAGAAAAAUAAAACACUCACUAAGGAGUUAAACAGUUUCAAAAACGAGGUCAGAGUUAUGAAGGGUGUUAUGGAGAAAUUCUUCAACCUUAUGGGAGGUGAUUUUUCUAAGCUGAUUGCGAAUGAGGUUCAUAAGGAGAAUAAUCAAGAGAAAAGUGAUGAUGGUGAUGACGAUGAGGACGACCAUGGUGAUGAUGGAGAAGAAGAAGAAGAAGAAGAAGAAUGAUCUCUCUACACUAUGUGUUGUCCUUCAAGUUUUAGAUCUAUACAUCUUCAUGUUUUUGGACAAAAUAUUUUAUUAGUUUUAGACUUUAGUUAGUUUCGUUUUACACGUAUUCAUGGUAGAUUAGAUUGAACCAUUUUUUUUGUAGUUACAAGUUACAACAAUCAGUUAUUAA